GAGAUGAAGGGGGGACACUUUUUCUUUUUUCAAAUUAAUUAUAUAUAGGUUGUGAGAAGUGUGUGAAAUGAGUGAAACGGCUGCUCAGGGCUCUCCACAACUCCUCUUUAUUUAUUUCACUAAUUGUUAGAAUAGUGCUAAUCAACAGAAUGCAGGCAUCCAUGUCGGUUACCUCGACGAACUCCACAUUACCAAUGCCAAUGCAAAGCAGCCUUGGAUUCUCUCACCGCUUCCUUCCUUCAUCUCAUCGGUUUUCUCAACUUCCGAUCACCCGCUUUUCUCCCGCUCCUACUUCACUCAAAUGCAGGGGCUCUCUUUCAAGCUUUCCACUUGUUAAUGAUGAAAAGAAGUUUGUGGAGGCGGCCAAAAAAGCAAAUUUAGUCCCCCUUUAUCGUUGCAUUUUCUCUGAUCAACUGACUCCAGUGCUUGCAUACCGGUGUUUGGUUAAAGAAGAUGAUAGAGAGGCUCCAAGUUUUCUCUUUGAGUCAGUGGAGCCUGGUUCUCGGGUUUCUAGUGUUGGUCGAUAUAGCGUGGUUGGAGCUCAACCGACAAUGGAAAUUGUGGCAAAAAAAAACAAAGUUAUGAUUAUGGAUCAUGAGGCAGGGAAUUUGACUGAGGAGGUCGUUGAGGAUCCGAUGUGUAUUCCCAAGAGAAUCUCAGAGACUUGGAAACCCCGACUUGUUGAAGAUCUUCCUGAUGCGUUUUGCGGUGGAUGGGUUGGUUAUUUCUCCUAUGAUACAGUUCGUUAUGUGGAGAAGAAAAAGCUUCCGUUCACUAAGGCACCACGUGAUGACAGAAACCUCCCAGAUAUACAUCUAGGACUCUACAACGACGUGAUUGUAUUUGAUCAUGUGGAAAAGAAAGCAUAUAUAAUUCACUGGGUGAGGCUAGAUAAACACUCGUCUGUUGAGAAAGCUUAUAAUGAAGGAGUUGACCACCUAGAGAAAUUGGUAGCUAGAGUACAAGAUGUUGAGCUACCAAAGCUAUCUCCAGGCUCUGUAGCAUUACAAACCCAUCACUUUGGCCCUUCUUUAAAGAACUCAAAUAUGGAAAAGGAAGAGUUCAAGAAAGCUGUACUGAAAGCGAAAGAGCAUAUUCUGGCAGGGGAUAUUUUCCAGAUUGUAUUAAGCCAACGUUUUGAACGGAGAACAUUUGCUGACCCCUUUGAAAUAUAUAGAGCUUUGCGAGUUGUGAAUCCAAGUCCAUAUAUGGCCUACUUGCAAGCUAGAGGAAGUAUUCUAGUUGCUUCAAGUCCCGAAAUUCUUACCAGGGUAAAGAAGAAUAAGAUUGUGAAUAGGCCAUUGGCUGGAACAACAAGGAGAGGAAAGACUCAGGCUGAAGAUGAGCUGGCAGAAAAGCUAUUGCUAAGUAAUGAAAAGGAAUGUGCAGAACACAUCAUGCUUGUUGAUUUGGGUCGCAAUGAUGUUGGAAAGGUCUCCAAAUAUGGUUCUGUAAAGGUGGAGAAGCUGAUGAAUAUUGAACGAUAUUCCCAUGUGAUGCACAUAAGCUCCACGGUUACUGGUGAGUUGCAGGAUCAUCUCACUAGUUGGGAUGUCCUCCGUGCUGCACUUCCCGUUGGAACUGUUAGUGGAGCACCAAAGGUGAAGGCGAUGGAGCUAAUCGAUGAGUUAGAGGUGUCAAGACGAGGUCCUUAUAGCGGAGGAUUUGGGGGCAUUUCCUUCACUGGGGAUAUGGAUAUUGCGUUGGCUCUCAGGACCAUGGUAUUCCCUACAGGUAGCCGCUAUGACACAAUGUACUCAUACAAAGGUUCCAGCAGACGCCAAGAAUGGGUAGCUUAUCUUCAAGCCGGCGCUGGUGUAGUUGCAGACAGUGAUCCUGAUGCCGAGCACCUAGAAUGUCAAAACAAAGCUGCUGGCCUUGCUCGUUCCAUUGACCUAGCGGAGGCUGCAUUCGUUCAUAAAUGACAUGCAAACUUUUAUUCACCACAGCAGUUGUUAGCUAAACAUGAUCAGCUCAAGUUUUCUUUCUGUUAUUUGGAACAACAGUAUGAAAAUAUACUUCAGCCUCAUCUGGGAAGCUAGGGAAAAAGAAGAAAUACCAAAGGUAGAUAAUCUAAAUUUUAUGUCGGUUAUGUAAGAAAAUUAUCUUCCAUAAGAAUUACGGAUAAAUUUCCGAAA